ACCCUCGCUCCUCCCCCUGUACGUCAGACGCACGCUGUUACGCAGAUGGUCCAGGAGGACAGGACGCAGCAGCCAGCAAGAUUUAGAGGCAAAGCAAGUAAAUGGCAGGUGACACAGGCACUGAGGCAGCGGAACUUACUUAUUAGCUGCCUGGACCCUAGCUCUGCGGGCUGCCAUGAAUGAAGUGAUUGAUCUGGUCGCGUCCCGCUCCAUUAAUUUAUUUGCUAAAUUUUGACAGUUUCUGGGCCGGCCCCUAAUAUUACGCGGGCCCUAUACUAAUACCUGGGUCGCAUCUCUGGUAAUCCGGCCCUGGUUACUGACUACAUGGAGUUGAACAUUGAUUGCCCAAAGAAGGCUAAUAACCGAGGUUGAUGCUCGGCAGAAAGUCCAUCGCUCCACUUAUUACAGCUGAAGCCUUAAAGUCUGUGAAAUGGAUGAGCUGAUCACACAGUGUGAAUUUAUUUAAUGAGACCGAGAGUUUCGGAUGGGGUUACAACAUGCAGGUGGACAGACAGUCGCAAUUACAUUCACCUAUGAACUUAAGAGAUAAAACAUCAAUAGCUGUGAUAUCUAAAGGACGUUAUGAACCAGAGGAUAAUAAAGGAGCACUCUGCACUACUACUCGAAGAAGAUGCAUAACAAGGGGCUUGGCAAACGCUGGUGCUGCAGAAUCUGUGAUGGUGCAGACCCAACGACAAGAAGAUUUUCUGAAAUCUAAAGAAGAAAAAAGGCUCAGAGAACAAGAGAGACGAGAAGCUGAAGAAGCCAACCAAAAAGAAGUGGAAGAGUGGGAAAGGAACCUGCUUGCCCUCUCGGAGCCCACCUCCAUGCAAUCCCUGUGGGAAAUACCAGCCAUUGGGCACUUUCUCUGCUUAGCUCAACAAAUUUUAAAUCUGCCAGAAAUUGUUUUUUAUGAGUUGGAACGGUGUUUAUUAAUGCCUCAGUGCAAUGUGUUUCUGUCAAAGAUAAUGACUUCUUUAUUAAGCGCCCCGCAUCGCAGAUCAACUUUACAUCGGCGGCCUAACCUGCCAUAUCAGGAGUGGGAAACUACUCUCAGGCAGAGGGUGCAGCAGUGGUAUACUAUGGUAGGUCAAGCGGAAAACCCAGAUCGUUGUGCUGAAAAACUUGGCCUCUGCUCACAGUUUUUUAGGGUACUUGGUGAAGUCAGUCCACUUGAAAAAAAAACAUUUCAUGAGCUGCCAUUCUAUCAAAAAGUUUGGCUGUUGAAAGGUCUCUGUGACUUUGUGUAUGAAACUCAGAGCGAAGUCCAAGAUGCUGUACUUGGCCAGCCUAUUCAUGAAUGUAGAGAAGUUAUUUUAGGCUAUGAUGCCCAAGAAAAUGCUUACAUCCAUUUCCCUCAGUUUUGUGGCGCAGAUGUCCGUGUGUAUAAACAAAGACCAUUUCGAGCCCCUGAAUUUCCAGCCCCACCAGUUCAGGUGAGAAGAGCUACCAAAACUAGACUGGAAAAAGCAAAAUGUAAGAUUUCUAACAAAUGCAAUGGCGACCUAAGGCCUGCCAAAAUAGUAUUACCUGAAAUCUGUAGGGCAAGCCUUCAGAGUUGUGAGAGCCAGAAAAACUGCCCUGAAAAACCCCACACUGAAUAUUGCAGCAGUAGUACAGACCAAGACAUGAAGAUAAUUUAUGAGACCAAAGUUCAGGAGCCAUGCAACACUGCAGAGACUAGCUGUUGUAAGGAAAAUGUGGAAAAGCCCAUCAGUCCUAGAGAAGUAGUUGGUUAUGGGGAGCCUCUGAGUCCUGGAGAAAUUAGAGUUCUUGAAGAUGUUGCUAAAUAUGGAGAGGCAGCCAAAGACAAAUCAGAAAGUGGGUUAAAAACUUGCCAAAUUCAUGUAAAUGGAAACCACAGUGAUAGUUCUGAUGUGAUUUGUCAUCAAGUAGCUAUGGAUAUAAUUUUAGAUAAUUCUUUACUUAACCACAAGAAAUUAAAACUCAGCAGAAUACGGGCUAAAAAGAAAAAGAAAAAAAAGAAGAAAUUAAAAGAUAUACUUAAUGAUCACUUGCAAGUUAAAUGUGAUACCCUACAACUGCACAAAUUCAGAUCAUUAAAGACUGAAAUUCAAAGCAAGCUGUAUCUUACAAAGAAGAGGGCAAAACACAAGAAACACAAAUCAGGAAAAAAUACUGUAUCCAAGAAAGCGGUUGCAAAGAACAGAAAAACAAGCGCAAAUUCAACCACAGCCCCAGAAUUCCAGCUGGUGUGUACAAAUCUUGACGAACUCAGGGAACUGAUAAAAAAAAUUGAGGGAGAGCUUAAAGUUUUGGAAACAAACAAAAAGAAAUCGGAGAAAUGGUAUUUCAGAAGACAAGGUGUAAAAGAGUUGCACAGCACCUUAGUACGUUUGCUAAACGAAUUGUUGCCUUGGGAACCAAAGCUGCAGAAAGCUUUUCAGAAACACAGAGCUCGUCUUAAAAAAGACUUUGAUGAUUUUAAAAAGUUUCCAGAAAAUAAAAACUUUACCAGGGGGCAUGCUUCUAGUGAAGAAUACGAAGCAUCCAAAUCACCAAGUUCCACGACCAGCACAACUGGAAUAUGCCAUCAGAACAUUCUGAGAAACGAUGAGCUUGAUACCCCUAAUUUUAAAGAGAUGGAUACACAUGAAAGGGGCAAAAUACCUAAAAAAGAAUUAUUGGUAAGAGACUUGUGGAAAUCACCAUCAAAAGCCUGUAAGCGGCAGUGCAGACAAUCCACAAGUCCAAGUACUGAAACAAAGGAUUUUGUGUCAAAAAAGAAAACAAAGUUAAGUUCACAAGAGGAUAGUCUGCAUUGCAUUGGAUUAGCUCAAACAUGUUGCAGAUUAAAAGACACAAAACAUGUUGAAUUAGAAGGUCAACAUAUAUCAAAAGACACUAUAUGUGCUUCAGUAACCGAUUCUGUUAAAGGAACCAAACCUAUUCAGGCUUUGCUUGCAAAAAAUACUGGGAACAAAGUGACCUUAACUAGCCAUCAAGUGCAGUCCACAGAUGAGACAGUAUCUACUGGUGAAACAUCAGCAAUAUCCCUUAUGCAGUCAGUUCAGGCAAAGCCUUUGCUGCCUGGCCAGGAAACUUCCAAAAAUCCAUUACAAAUGAUUUAUAAGUUGCCAGAUGGUCAAUGUAUUCCUAUAGACAUAAAUAAUUCCACGGUAAAGAUUCAUGUUCAGCCCAUGACCGAAUCUAAAAAUAGAGAAAAAAUAAUGCAGCAGGUUCUAUUUUUACCUAAAAAUCUGUAUAUUCAGCACAAAGAAGCAAAGACAAAUUCAAAAGGAAGUCAGCAAGUACAAUCAGACACAGGAGGACAGCUUUGUAUAUCAAGUGAAACAUCUUCCAUACCUCCCAGGAGUCUUGCUUUUCCAGAAAAAACAGUAGAACUGACACCGGUUCACAGCACAAGUAUGGUUCAUGUUCCAGAGACUGGAAUAUCCACAUCUGAUAUAAAUGUUUCUCAGUCACUGUGUGAAAAGGCCACUACUAAAAUCCCUGUUUUGGCUACUGUAACAUCUCUUCCUAUUCAGUCUGACACAGGGAAAGCAGCCCAAAUAAAGGACAUUGCCAGUCACACACUACACCUGUCACCCACACUACCUAAGGAAUCAUCUGAAUCAAAGCAAGAACUGAAAACGGUGUGCAUUAGAGAUUCUCAGUCAAUCCUCGUGCGUACACGAGGUGGUAACACUGGUGUUGUAAAAGUACAAACAAGCCAAGAUCAGACCACUAAUCCUAGCUCAGUUUUCUCAUUCACACCACAGCUUCAGUCAUUUUUGGUUUCAAAGCCUAAAACAUCAGCUUCAUCCACAUUAACCCCUGUACCACCAGCUUUAUCUGUACUGCCAUCUUUACCUGGCUUUUACUCAUCUUCUGAAUACUCACAGAUAUCUUCAGCAUCUGUUCCUGGAGGUUUAAACCAGUUAUCUGGAACAAACACUAAGCUGUCUCAAAGACAAAUUUCCAACAGUGGUUUUAUAUGUAAGGUGUCAGAUAAUCUACAGACGUCUAACCUGCUUUCCACAGUUUCACCAACAAGUUCUUGGCUUCCGUCAAAUUCAUGGGGUAAUAUGAAUGCUGCAGUUUCUAAUAGUAAAUUAUCUCAUGAUGAUCUAUCACAUGGAAGAAGUGUUGUUACUGUUGCUACAACAGAUAUAAAGCAGACUGAACCAAAGAUGAGCAAAAUAUCUGUGGUGCAACCAGAUAGUACUACAUCAAGAAGUGAACUGGUAAAUGGGCCAAACCUUCAAAAGGUUAUGUUAGUCACAUCUCCCCCUGUUCUUACACCUGGAAAUAUGAAUGUUUCAGCAACACAAACAUCUUGUGCAGGUUCCCCCCAAAAGCUUGUAUUCAUCAAUGCACAAGUUCCAACUGUAGCAGUACAGUCCACAAAACAAACCAUGCCAUCUUACGUUGGAAAGACACAUGGUAAAAUGUCAGAGCAAUCUCAGAUUAUUUUAAUUCCUUCAACAUUAGGCUCACCUGUAAAAAUUAGUUCUACACCAAUAGUGUCUCAAGUUAAAGAUGUUACAAUUGGACUAACAAUUGGUCAGACUAUUGUAAAUACUGGUCAUGCUGCAAAUAAUAUGUUACCAAUGAACAUUUUCCAAAAAACAUUAACCAAAGGUGAUGAGAGCAUCCUUAAAAGAACUGCAGUCUCAAAUGUAACUAAUUUGAUUCCAGGUACUGAGAAUGGUGCCCAUACUGCAGACCAGAAUCCUAAUAAUGAUUGCAUAGUAACUACAGCAAAAUGGCCUACUGGAUGUGCUGCUGCAUCUUCCAUUAAUUCUGUUGUAGCAAACACCAGUCCUACAGAUCAGAAUAACCGUCAUAUGCCGAAUAUUGUGCCAGCUCUGACAAGUCGAUUGUCCACCGCAAAUAAAAGCAACACUGUAGCUAUAUCCACGGUAAAAACAGGACAUCUCUCUUCCUCUGUUUUACUGUCAACAACACAAAUGGCUGGUCAGGCAAAGAACACAUUGUCAUCAUUUCAGAUACCAGUUUCACCAACAUUUUCCACUGCUUGUGGGGCUUCAAAUGUGACAACUCCAAGUUCUGCAUGUAAAUCAUUAUCUAAAGACUUGAUGGAAAAGAUUCAUUUUCCAACACAAAUAUACUCUAAAACACUGUCAACAAAUGUCUGCACAUCACAAGGUUUACAAACUCCUUUAACCACAGUGACUAAACCAAGGUCUGAUUCAUACUUUUCACAAGGUUCCUCUGUUCCUUUACAGAUAUCCUCAGCACUUCCUACCACCCAACUAUGUGGACAAUUAAAUGACUCUUUAGUUCAGCAGAAAAUAAUUAUCAAUACUAGCACACCACUGGCACCUGGAACCCAGAUCACAAUUAACGGCACACGCUUUAUUGUGCCACCUCAAGGUCUUGGUGUUGGAAGUCAUGUUCUUCUAAUUUCAGCCAGUACAAAACAAGGGGUUUCUUUACUUGGUAAUAGUAGCCAAACUGGUCAUGGGCUGGGAAGUAACAAUACCACAGAACAGCAAAUGACCCUGAAACAAAAUAUGUCUUUAACACAAGACCUUAACAAGCCACUUACUAUCUCUAAAAAUAUGAAUUUGUUUAGCACUACAAACCUUGUACCUGCUGCACAUGCGUCAACUCUAAAUAUGACGUCUAAAGAUAGUACUCCAGUGGAUGGGCCUCCUUUAUCAUGUCCCCAGUUUACAACUGCACUUAAACCACUACUAAUUUCUGCUUUGCAGCAAGGCAGAUCACCCCAGCCAAGUAACACCUUACCACUUCCAGCUGAUACCACUGUUAAAAACAGUGGGGUUCUUAACACUGUUCUGCCUCCAUCAAUAUUAUCAGACAGUAAAAAUUCAGAUUUGGCCUUUGCAGCACAUCAGCCCUCUGUGCCAGAUAAAUCACAUACUAUAGCAUUAUAAGUUAAGUGCAGAACAUAUCUAUAGUGCAUGUUGGGAAAAUCUUUGUCCACCUGAACAUCAUCUUCCAUUUUUACCAGCCAUCCAUACUGCCAAAAUUGAGGUGAUGGCAAUGGCAGAUAAAGGGGUUGUUCACCUUUAAAUUGACUUCUUAGUAUGAUGUGGACAGUAAUAUUCUGUGACAAUUUGUAAUAGCUUUUUAUAUUCUUUGUGAUUUUUAAAUUAUUUAGCUUUUUUGUUCAGAAACUCUCCUGCUAUCUGCUUGCUUGAGUCCAAAUUUCCCUAGAAUCAGGCAGCUCGUUAAUGAAAGACUGGAAGAGACUGAAAGGUGAUAAGGAGAGGGCCUGAAUCGGAAUAAAAUUAACAAUAAAAUGUAGCAUGACAAAGCAAUAGUUUUUUGGCUGUCAUUUGAAGGCUGGAAAGAGGCAGAAUAAAAAGGCAAAUAAAUAAAUUUAAAAAAAAAAAUAAAAGUGAAGACCAGUUAGAAAGUUGCUAAGAACUGGCCAUGCUAAAAGUUACCUUGAAUAUGCUCUACCCCUUUAAGCUACUGCUGGAAGGCAGUAAGUUGCACACUUACACGUUUGUGGCAUUCUUUUUUAUGUCAAACUUAUUAAACAUUGUUUGUUGUUUUAUGUACCAUACAAAGAAUACAGUUUACAGUUGAUCUGCAAAGGCUGUAUGUUUUUUGUAGUUGUUCGUGUUAACUCAGAGAAGCAUUCUGAAAGCACUUAGUUAAUACAAUGGUUAGAAAGAACAAAUAGUUUCUAUAUAAAAUGUCUAGUUUGACAUUGGUAGUCUAGAUCUUUGCGCACUUUAAUUAGACUUUUUUGAAGUUUGUCUAGAACAGUAUUUGUCUUUCUACAUUUGUAAAAUCACCUUUUCCUUCAAAAUGAUGUAAAAUUGUACAUAUUCUUUACCUUUAACAUUCUUUACUAAAUCUUAUGUAUAAAAGAACAGUGUCUUAUUUAUGUUUUGUUUACAUAAUGUAUAGUUUUUUAAGUAUUUUAGUGAUUUUUUGAACAGUGUACUGUUUAGCAUUGAUGCAGACCAAUCUGCAUGUAAUAAAUAAACCAAGUUGCUGUAUUCAUUU